GCGCGUGGCGGCCACGGUCGGCGCGGGGGAGGGGGCCCCGGCGCAUGGAGGCGAUGCCGUGCCACAACCAGCGGCUCGGCGCGGCCGGCGGCCCGCGGCCCCAGGACGAACAGACGGCGCCGGCGGGCGGCUGCUCCCGGCUGAUCCGUUUCGCCGAGCCCUCCGAGGGCAGCGGCAGCGGCAGCCCCAGCCCGGACAGCAGCAGCGCCAGCAACGGGGCGGCGGCGGUCCCCAGCCCCGCGGCGGAGGAGUGCGCGUCGCCGCUCGGAGCGCAGCUGAAGCUGCUGCCCAUGAACGAUCAGAUCCGGGAGCUGCAGACCAUCAUCAGGGACAAGACAGCCAGUAGAGGAGACUUCGUGUUUUCUGCUGAUCGUCUGAUCAGACUUGUGGUUGAAGAGGGACUGAAUCAAUUGCCAUACACAGAAUGCACAGUGACCACUCCAACAGGAUACAAGUAUGAAGGAGUGAAAUUUGAAAAGGGAAACUGUGGAGUCAGCAUAAUGAGAAGUGGCGAAGCCAUGGAACAAGGUUUACGGGACUGCUGUAGAUCAAUCCGCAUCGGAAAGAUCCUCAUACAGAGCGACGAGGAAACUCAGAGAGCAAAAGUGUACUAUGCUAAGUUUCCACCAGACAUUUACAGGAGAAAAGUUCUUCUUAUGUACCCAAUACUAAGUACUGGUAAUACUGUAAUUGAGGCUGUAAAAGUUCUUAUAGAACAUGGCGUACAACCAAGUGUCAUUAUCCUGCUAAGCCUAUUCUCCACACCUCAUGGUGCCAAAUCCAUUAUCCAGGAAUUCCCAGAGAUCACAAUUUUGACUACAGAAGUUCAUCCAGUUGCACCAACACACUUUGGACAGAAGUAUUUUGGAACGGACUGACACACUUGGAACAAACUGAUAAUGACUGUAUGAUAUUACAUGAGAGGUUUGGGGGUAUUUUUUUUUUUCUACAUUUUAUUAUUAUUUCUAGCAGAGUUGGUUGAGGGCACGUUUAAAAAUCUCUUUGGCCAAAGGGGGAAAUACUUGACCUAAAUUACUUCUUGUUGGUUACUGCUCCAACACAGAACCAAGUGCAGUAACAAACACCAAAUCAUGGCAAAGUCAAGCAUCUUCAUGUUGUACUUGCAUAAACUGCUACACUCUCUGCUUUAAUUUAUUUAUUCUUCUAUAGCCUGUUUUGUGGCUGCUUGCAAGAGCAAAAUAAAACAACUAUGUGAUCAAGG